UGCAGUCGAUAUUUUAUUUUAAAAAGACCUAACUGCACAAAAAAAUUAUAAAAAGACCAAAGUGCAAUCACAAAAUUAUAAAGCGUUAAUUACUUAUUCAAAAUCCCACUAUAAGCUGAAAUGCCAAUAUGUUGAACCGACGAGCUUAGUAGUGACCCAAAAUAUGAAGUUUAAAACCCACACCUUCCGGGGGUGUGGUUCUCGGCGGCUAUAUUCAACUAAAUGGAACAUGGUGUGGAUCAAUGACCAAUUCUUCAUGCGCAUCUAUAAAUCUAUUAUGCACAGCUCAAUUAAACAGUAUUUUUGAAAGACAACUAAAUCUACCCGGUUCAGACUCUGACUCGUUAUUUCAGAAAACUUGUCUCAAGAAAAAGUCAGAUAGACUCCCAGAACUUUUAUUGACCACGCUCAAAUUAAUCAAUAUCACAAAGACUCUAAUUUCUGACAAUGUCACCAUUUUACAAUUAUCCAAAACGGUAUCGAGUUUUUUCUAGUCUUCUAGUUUUCUAGCUUUCUAGCUUUCUAGUCUAUCAUAUUUUACAUAUAACGCCAUAGAAAUGUCUGUCAAUUAUUUUAUAAUUAAAAUUAUCUAUGUGUACGCCAAGUAUCAAUGGCCGCAUAAGCUGUGGGGACAUCGGAGGACCUUGUAGAAUAGGGGAGGAAGGCUUUACCUAAAUAACAUGGGGAGAUGGCCAGGACUUCGAAUAACUCUGGGGACAUGUCCCUCUGCUCUCACGCUACCGUGGCCACUGAGAAAUGCUACCAAUUCCAAACUUUCAAAUUUUACUAUAUCAUGCUAAAUAUUUUAUUCCAGAGGGUAACGUUAAUUGCUUUAAUUAUUGCUCGUUUUGCUCGUCGCUGUUGUUUUAAUUGCAUUAAAACCUCGAAAACUACCAAUUUGGCACGUUACACUGUAAAUAUGUAUGUAGGUUGUUCCAUAGUUAGAUCACGCAUAGUAAAAAUCGACAAACUUUCCUGGAAAAUGAUAUUCUUUGUAAGGAAUAUCAUUUACUUAAACGUAAACCGAGUUUUAUGGUUCACCAGUCAGUUUUGAAGGGCGCUUAUAUAAUAGUUAAGUGCCAUUGGGUACAUGCAAUAGCUAACGAUCUAUUUAAAAUUCUAGACCUAUAAUUGUGCACCUUUUUACGACGGGUUAAUUACUUAAUAGAAUCUUCGUUAAUUACUGCGUUCGAUCUUUUUAUAUUUUGACUGUCAAUUUGCUUAUACGUGUCUUAAGCGAUAGGGUAUGGCCAUACGUGCAUGCAUGGGCGAAUUACAUUGUUCAAUUAAACUAAUCUGAUCUCCGUUCUUGAAAAGGUUUGGAUUUUCAGGGCUCUUGCAGCUGCAAAAAGUGGAGCAUCUACUUACAUGGAGAAUACAACGUUCCUUUGAAAUUACAGGUUUUGUGCAUACCAAUAAAUUUACCAUUUAUUUACCGUGGUCCAAUUAUUUUUUGUCAUGAUUUUGUAAAAAUAAAGUAAUUGGACCUUUAGUUAAUUUGUUCACAAAUCCUGUAAUUUCGAAUGACCAUUGUAUUCAUCAUGUACAUAUGUAGAUUCUCGACUUUUUGCAGCUGGAACGGCCCUGAAAAUCCAAACCAUUGGAAAAACGUGGAUCAGAUUACUAUGACUAAUUGCAAUUUGCCCAUCUAUGCCUAUUCCUAUAAAAAUAAUAAUUGGCAGUUGAAGGUUUAGAGUAUGUAAAAGAAUGAAAGCUUCCAUCAACGUUGUUGGAACUGCCAUAUUAAUAUCUUCUGGGAACAGACAUGUACUACGUCAUCAAAAAAAGCUAAAUUGCAGACCCCUCUUCUACUAUAUCCUUCUCAUCUUUAGAUAUAUCUAAAGCUUAAGAUGUAAAGGAUAAAGGUCCAUUAAGUUUUUGUGCUCGUCCAUCUUUUUAAUGACGUCGAACAUGGACGUUCCUUUUGCAAAUGUUGGACCCAUGCGUGCAUAGAUACAUAUGUAAAUUUUGCAUAUUUAUAUGAAACCUUUUAUUAGUAAAUUGGUUAUACAUAGUGAACUUUAUUAACAGAACAUUUUUCCAUGUUACAUGAGCUGUAGUAAAAUCUAUGUAUCUAUUUAUUUGUAGAAAAAGACACUUCGAGACGAGUUUAGUAUCCAAACCAGGUGGUUCAACGCAUGCCAGGCAUGACACAAUUUUUUUAAAUUCUUGUUCCAAGCAAACGUAGACUCUUACUGAGUAUUUUACUGAGUACUCAGUAUUUUUCAGAGUUAUUGAAUAUCAUUUACUUCUAAAACUUUUCACAAGUUUUUGAGACUACACAAGUAAACCAGUUUUUACAGCUUCUAGAAAAGAUCUGCUGUGCCUUACAAAAUGUUGCAAGAUCACCUCUCCAUCAUUCAGUGGUCUCUAAAUUGCAUGUCGUAUCUGCACUGCUUUCCUCUCGUGUGGAAUAAUUCGGCCAGAUGUGUAAAAAUUAUGACAGGACGAAGAAGUCUCAUCACCAUAAAAAUCGUGGAAAUCUUACAACUCUCUUAUUUUGCCGUUAUGUCAGUCAUAAUAUUUAAUCAAUAUCAGGUUAAUUGUCUGUCUCUCCUCCUCCCUAGCAUUGUUAUGUGGUUAAACACUAUACUAGUAUACGCAUGGGGGAUGGGGAUUGGUUUAGCGAGAAAUGCAGGCCGAUUGUUAAACCAGACAAUGCGAUUGGAGAAAUAUCUGAACAUUAUUUUGAUGGAUGUGGAUAAUUUGGCGGCGUCUUAUGUUGGAGGCAAGCGGAAACUGAGUCAGAGGAAUGCAGUCGUGCGAAAAGUCUUGAUAUUUAUGAACAUCAUGUGUCCUGGCAUUGGGGUUAUUAGGAUGAGGCGACUGUUCGCGGACAGUUGCAAUCCGCCAUAUCUUGGAUUUUUGCUAGGAUAUUGUUCCAGCUGUGGUGAACAACUAAUUAGUGGAGAGACACUAAGGUUCAAAUUGAUGAAGUCGCUUCUCGUCGUCCUGGAUGGCUAUCACUGUUCUGUAUUUGCGUUCAAGGCUUUCUUUCUUAUCUUCAAUGUCACUAUUGUGUCAGUGGGAUGCAUACUGGACUAUCUUGAUAUAUUGAAGCGGAUUUCAGGCGUCGCGUCAAAUGUUGGACUUACUACGCGCAUCGGACUUUAUCGCUGCCUCCAAGUACUUGAGAAGCAACUGAACAACACCUUAUCAACCCGUGUCAUCCCUACAGUCAUGAUUAUUGCGCCCAUAAUACAAAUUUUUUGUAGCGUUGUCCUCAUCAAGUAUUCAAGCUUCCUCCCCUCAAAGGGAUUUGUUACCUAUCCGUUCACCACUUGCGUUUGUUUCACGUCCUGCAUGGUAUUUGAAACUUUCGCGGCGCAACUAGGAGUCCAAUCGGUGAAACAGUAUCACAGCUGGUUGACGGAGAAAAGACUUACGUAGCUUAAUCGAAGAAUUAUUCGAUCCCUGCAACCGAUCAGAGUCAAGGUUGCAAGCAAUUUUAUCGAUAGAGGGACCGCUCUUGUUACGCAAGAUUUCUGCAUUAAUCAAACUGUAUCAAUGCUGCUCGUGUAGGUUAAAGCAGCGCAUUUAGUUUAAUUACGGAAGCUAGAUUUUCUUGGACAUGGUGUGAUCAAAUUUUAUGAUGGCGACGAAUAAAAAGUCUGCUUGCGUAUCUUUAAAAUUA